UGGAAGCCAGUGUGAGUCUGAGGUUCUGCAGGCAGGAGGUGUCUGAAGAACCAUGUGUGCUCUGUUCGUGAUGUAAAGAAGGGUCCUUUCGCUUUUAUUUGAUUUUGCCUCCAAAACAGUUUUGAACAUGCAGACUUAUAACGACGGGGAAGUCUUUUUUCGCGAAUAAUGCAUUGGACUUACGCGCGGAUUUUUUCCAGGCUGUCCGACAAAACUCAUGAAACCCUCUUCAGAACGACGGUUUAUGGACUUGCGUAUUAGCUAAUGAUGUCUGUAGGUUUUAUGCCUGACAGUCUGAAUGGCUCAGAUCCCUCGAAAUCGGCUUUUCUAGAAUUUGGCCACGGACACCCGACGCACCAGCAGCACUCCUCCGGACUCUCUCACAUUUACCCCGUUCACGGCUUGCACGCUGCUGGACAUUCCCAGCACGAAAGCCCUUUUCCUGGUACCGCGUCCUAUGGCCGCUCUUUGGGCUACGCCUACCCAGGCACGGUGAACUCUCAUCCCCCAUCUGCUUACAUGCCCUACCAGCACAGCAAUCACAGCAACAGCAGCAGUCUGGCCCACAGCAGAUUAGAGCAGACAGACCAUGACAAGUCCACGGUGAUUGAAAACAGGGAUAUUCGUCUGAAUGGCAAAGGGAAGAAAAUUCGUAAGCCUCGGACCAUCUACUCCAGUCUGCAGCUGCAAGCUCUGCACCAGCGCUUCCAGCAAACCCAGUACCUGGCCUUACCGGAGCGCGCCGACCUCGCAGCCAAGCUGGGGCUCACACAGACUCAGGUGAAAAUAUGGUUUCAAAAUAAGCGCUCUAAGUACAAAAAGAUCAUGAAGCAUGGCAGCGGAUCAGAGGGAGAACAUCUCCACAGCACCAGCUCCAUCUCUCCCUGCUCGCCCGCGUUGCCCCAGCUUUGGGAGGUCUCCAUGGCGAACAAAGGAGCCCCAGUUCAUCCAAACAGUUACAUGAACAGUUUUGGUCACUGGUAUCCGAAUCACCAUCCACAUCAUCAGGACGCGAUGCACAGGCCGCAGAUGAUGUGAGUGGAUUGUUUUUUGGCCACUUGCUCGGCCUUUACCAAGCGCCCAUCAGGCUGCACUGAACUUGCUGGUGCCUCCGGAGGCCCCUCGCAGAACUGAGGUGUGCGUGUUUAGGAGACCUUGUUUAUAUUCACUGUAUUUUGUGUGCGUUUUGAAUUUUAAAUUUUCUCUACAAAAAAAUAAUUCAGGCAUCAAAAAAGUUUUUGUUUUUUUUUUAAAUUUGUUAUGUCACUGCAGAUUGUAUUGCAGGGCCUGACAUCAGUGAAAUGUGGGUUUGUGUGUGCAGUUUAAGACAC